GGGCUGGGGAGAGGCGGUGGCGGGAGGAGGAGGAGGGAAGAGGCACAAGCAGCAGCAACAGCAGCAUGGCGGCCGGGCGCGAGCGGCUGAGCGCGUCGCCGCCUCCUCCUCCACCGCCUCCUCCUGCCGCCGCUGCCGCCGUUGCUGCUGCUCCCGAGCCGGAGCCUGCGGGCCCGCUGCCCAAAUAGCCGCCCUGUCCGGUCCUGCCCCGCUCGGAGAACGUCCCGGUCAUGGAGCUCGCCAAGCCGGCCUUCCCCGCGCUGCCGCAGGCCAAAGAGGACUCUGAGGAUUGGACCUAUCCCAUGAGGAGAGAGAUGCAGGAAAUUUUACCUGGGUUAUUUUUAGGCCCAUAUUCUUCAGCUAUGAAAAGCAAGCUACCUACCCUUCAGAAACAUGGAAUAACCCAUGUCAUAUGCAUACGGCAAAACAUUGAAGCAAAUUUUAUUAAACCAAACUUCCAGCAGUUAUUUAGGUAUUUAGUCUUGGACAUAGCAGAUAAUCCAGUUGAGAACAUAAUACGGUUUUUCCCUAUGACUAAAGAAUUUAUUGAUGGAAGUUUACAAAGUGGAGGAAAAGUUCUUGUCCAUGGAAAUGCAGGGAUUUCUAGAAGUGCUGCCUUAGUUAUUGCAUACAUAAUGGAAACAUUUGGGGUGAAGUACAGGGAUGCGUUUACUUAUGUUCAAGAAAGAAGAUUCUGUAUUAAUCCUAAUGCUGGUUUUGUCCAUCAACUUCAGGAAUAUGAAGCCAUCUAUCUAGCAAAAUUAACCAUCCAGAUGAUGUCACCACUGCAGCUGGAGAGAUCCCUUUCGGUUCCACCUGGUACUACAGGAAGCUUGAAGCGAAUGCAUGAGGAGGAUGAAGAACUUGGAACCAUGCAAGUGGCAGCAGCACAGAAUGGAUGAUGCCUGAGGACAAGCAUUAGUGGUACUGCAAAUUCCUGCCAAGAAAGGUGAAGAAAAAUAGGGGGAAAAAC